AUGGGCCUGGUGCGCGGAGACCGUGAGUCCGCCACCCUGGCCAUGCAGCCACCAGGGAGUGUGCAGCAUGUGCUCCGCCAUCCCAACAUUCUCUACAGAUCCCUGCUGCCAGAGGACUUCGUUGCUCUUCGGGCCGCCCACGUGGACUUAUUCCCCAUAGACUAUGAUGAUUCGUUCUUCGACAAGGCCGUCAAUGGCCUCACCAGGAUCAUAUCUUAUGCUGCUGUGGACUACAGCAGUGGCAGCGAGAAACUCGUUGGCUUUGUCACUGCCCGCGUCCUGCCUUUGGUGGAGGUCGAUCCCAUGGAUCGGCGACACAUGGGACUGGACCAUUCCAGCUUGAACGGACUGAGAGUUGUGUACAUCCUGACAUUGGGCGUUUUGCCAGAGUACCAGAGGCUGGGUAUUGCCACAAAACUGAUCGACUGGUUGGAAGAUUGCGCUGCCUGCAUGGGGGCGAGCGUUGUCUUCCUCCACGUGAUCUCUUACAACCAAGCUGCGAUGCUACUGUAUCAGAAGAGCUGCUUUCGUUGUGUGGCUUGCAUGGAGAAUUUCUACUGCAUUCGAAGCGGACGGCAGAUCAACCCCAACCAGACACGAUACGAUGCGUACCUUUUCAUGAAAUGGGUUGGCGAGGAGCUGCACAAGCCAGGGCCUUGGGAAGGUGCCAUUGCACCGUUUCGACAUGCAUUUGCGCAAUGGAACGCCUGCCUUCCUUGGUUGUGUAGGGACCAAUUGUUCCUUGCUGGGCCAACGCAUGUGGCAGGCGAUUCCAGCAACCCCCUGAAUGCUGCCGUCAGAGAGCAACCCUCGUUUGCACACCAUGGCAUUGACCAGAACAGCAUGUUUUACCGACUUUUCAAACGAAGUCACUGA